CGGGCGGGGAAAAGUUUCUGCCGUGCUCGCCCCGUCCCUCCCUCUCGCCCCGCACACACACACAGGCUCGCACGCACACCUCUGCCCGCGCAGGCGGCGGAGGGGCACUCUUGAAAAUUAUUUUCUUUCCACACCCAGUUCGCUUCUGACAUCACUGCUGCAGGAGGGCGGGCGGGAGGCACCCGCCGCCGCCGCCGCCAGACGGUCGCAGCCCGCGCGGAGUGCUGCCCGCCGGCCCCGCGCCGCGCCCAUUUAUCUCAAACUAAAGCCUCCACAGAUCAAGGAUGUUGAUUCUUCUGGCUUUCAUUAUUGUGUUUCACAUAACCUCGGCAGCACUGCUGUUCAUCUCAACUAUUGACAAUGCCUGGUGGGUAGGAGAUAAUUUUUCUACAGAUGUCUGGAGAAUCUGUGACAUGAAUACUAGCACCUGUGUGGCUAUUACUGACCAAUUCCAGGAAUAUCAAUCAAUUCAGGCUGUUCAGGCCACCAUGAUCCUAUCUACUAUUUUCUGUUGUGUGGCAUUUCUGGUUUUCAUUCUUCAACUCUUCCGUCUAAAGCAAGGAGAAAGAUUUGUGCUAACCUCUAUUAUCCAGCUUCUGUCAUGUCUGUGUGUUAUGAUUGCAGCUUCCAUUUACACAGAUAGGCAUGAAGAACUGCACAAGAACAAUCAAUAUAGCACUGAAGUUUCUAAAGGCCAGUAUGGCUAUUCCUUCGUCUUAGCCUGGAUUGCAUUUGCCUUUACUCUGAUCAGUGGUGUUAUGUACCUAGUAUUAAGGAAGCGUAAAUAAAUGUCAGCAGCUAGUUAUUUCUUUCCCUACAGUACAAAACCAAAUUCCAGUAACCAUUUUGUACAUAAUCAUUUACAUGGUUUUGUAGUAAAGGUAUUGUUUCUCUAAAAAUGUACUGUGUUCUUGAUAUGAAACAGAAUAAAAAAAAAAUAAAUCCGGCAGGUUUAAUGGAAUGCCUGGCACCUACAGGUCAGGGGUCUGAGCAGGACAGAGCCAAGAUGUUUCUUUUACAUAUUUCAUCAUCAUAAAUGGUUUUCCCUUUACUAGACAUUAACAGUUUGUUCCUGGCCUCUAGCAGAUUACAAAUAAAGCCCAUGCAAAUCAGUUUGUAAGCAGUAUGCUAACUAUAUUCCUGGACCAGAUGUAUCCCUUUGGAACGGGUUUAAAUAUGGGGGAGUGAAAAAUGAGGCCCAGAUCACAGUGAAAAAGCAAACAAUUGUAAAAGCCAAAGCUGCACUUGGUGUGCCUGUUUUGGCAGAGGGCUGAUGUCCUGCUCUUCAUAAUGUGCAGUACAUGUCAUCAAGCUUUUAUUAAAGCCACUUGCUUUGCAAGAGUAAACAACUCCUUUUUGUACUCCAGCAAGUGAUUCUCUUGAUUCCUUUCACAUUUAAUUUAAGCAUACAGAGCCUUUGGCAGGAGAAUUUACCAGUAAAUCCACUGCACAACGUGGGACCAGAACAGUCUGAGCAGUAAGAAAUAUCCCACGCAAGUCCUAUAUCCCUUUACUUUUGCAUUGUGCAUAGACUUUCUGGAAGGAAGAAAAGGGGUGGUGGUGGAAAGCAUUACUUUGCCUACAUCUGCAAAUUCCUAAGCAAAUUAGUGAUCAAGUAAUGCCAAAUUUUGGUUUUUACAGCCAAACUCAACAUGCUUAUUACACAGGGCUUUUAUUAUACCGUGAUUUCAUGGUUAAUACAUCAUUUACAAAAGCAUUCCCCGAGACUGCCCACUAGGAAAUUGCCCUUUAAAAAAUUCAUUCUAAAUUCCUUUGUGGAUUUCACUUGAACUAAACACUCCUACUAAAUAAAUCAGAGUGCAGUCGCUGUGCUUACGAAUUCCGGGAUUUUUUUUUUGGGACAAAAUGACUUGGUGAUUUUUAUUUUUCAAUAAUUUUGUGAGAUAAGACUGUACUGUAAUACCAGGCUUAACUGCUCAGCCACUACUGGCUUUGCCUGAUGCUGGUGUCGGAGCUGGGAGGUCAGUGUGGAGAACGAAUGAAAUGGCUUUUUCUGGUUAGUCGCAGCUUUGAUGCUUAGAUACAGAUUUGACUUCUUAAACGCACUAACCAUUUAUUUAUUUCUGUAUAUUCACUACAGCUGGCCCAAUACACAGGCAAUAAAAGAGUGAAUAGUUUUAAACGAGGUCUUACACUUCAUGUAGAACAAAUUUGUUAUUACAAAGUAGUUUAGCUUUACUAAAGUCGAUACUGCGUUAUACAUCUGCUGAUGGUCUGACCCAUUCCUUCAGAUAAUUUAUCCUUGAUUUCUCACACAGUACAAGUUCAGGUGCACCGCUGUAUAGGAAAUGCCUCCAACAUGAGUAAUAGGUCAUAUAGUUCCCCCUCCAUGCAUUGAACAUCUUAAAAUGCUUUGGCAUGUACUACUUGUCUUUUGGGAGUGAAGAAAGCCCAACACAACUGUUAAGAAAUUAGACGAGUAAGCAGGACAGCAUGUUAGAAGUUGUAAUCAUAGUAAACCCCCAAAUCAGUCUGAGCAAAAUGCAUUCUCACCAGUCCAGCAUGAUGCUAAUAUUUUGCCAGGUUUUUUCUCUUAGUGGGAAUGCUCUGCAUUUCAAGAAUUAUUACCCUACUUUUUAAAAAAGUGUUUCUACAGUUUGCUGAAUACAUUCCAGAUUUAAAACCUGGAUUUUGCUAGCAAGCAGAAUUUGUCUUAAACAAGCAGAUGCAGAUUUAAGGUUGAAAGUAGAUAAGAGUAUUAGCUAGGCAUUUUGCUAGUUCUAUUCAAACAUGAAGUAGUAAGGGAAAUUCUUAAGCAAAUAGAGAUUAAUAGUAUCUUAUAUCUAGAAGACAGUCCUGUAAAAUUCUAAGUUAAGCUGUUGUGCCACUGACUUAAAGAAAUGCUUCUUCAGUUUUUUGCCUGGAUAAUGUUCGGGUCAUUUAUAGAGCAAAUAUUUAAAAUAAAGAUGUAUAUAUACAUGAACACACAGCUUAAUUCCACAGUACAAGCUCUGUUCCUUUAAUUAGAAGUGGAAAGCACGCACACCACCGUGUACAAACAGCGGCAUGCACAUGGUACCACAUAGAACAGAUGGGAAUGUUCUGUCUACCAAGAAAACAAAUGCCAAACCAGUGUGAACUAGAGUUUUAACAGGACAAACAUAUUUUAGGAUAUUCUUUCUACCUGAUAUGCCUUUAAAAUAUACCAUUUUUUUAUGCUCUCUAUAUUCUGAAACUGUACAUGAAAAUAAAGUUAAAAGCAAUUCUUGUACUGUAAUAGCAAGCUCAAUACAUUUAGCAAUCUGACCUUGUCUUUAAGCUUGGGCUAUACUUACACAAUGUUGGAUGAGAAAUAGUUGAGUAUUUGUAUGAACAGGUAAAAUUAAAUUCUUCUUGCCUGUACUAGAACCACAA